AUGUCUCCUACUACUCCAAUAGAAUCUAUUCAAUGGGAUAAUUCGGUUGAAGAUCGUCCUUUACCUGCUUUAACUAAUAUUAAAGAUAACUAUGAUUAUAUUAUACCUACAUUACCUAUGAAUGAUUCUAAUGAAGAACAUCCAGAAAAUCUUUCUGAUUUAGCACGUACUGCAUUUGAUUUAUCAAUACAAUAUUUCGGAGAAUAUGAUGUUGCAUGUCUUCUAUCAAAAAAGUUCCCCUUACGUGAAUCUGCUUUAUCUAAUGUUACAAAGAGAGUUGAUGUAGAUCUUGAUGGUAAAGAUGUUGAAGGAAUUGAUAAAGUCGGAUUAAUAAAAGCUACUUUUCAGAUUAUAAAAGAAGCUUUGGAAGAUAAUCCUGAGAAAUUAACAUUACAAGCAUUAACACUUUGGGAAACAAUUACAAAUUUUACUGUUCAUCAUCAAAUACCAACAUCAUCUACUUGGAAGUUGGUUGAUAAAACUUAUCCAUUAUUAUUUGGAAAAAUAUCUGAUUCAAAUUCACGUAUAAAACAGAAUGCAAUAAAUUUAUUUAUUUUAUUAGCAAAGACAUAUAAUACUUCAGUUCAUUCAGCAGUUUCAUUAGUUCUUAAACCUGCAAAAUCUAAUUCUCAACCACCAAAACAAUCAAAAGCUAAAGUAGAACUUGUAACUCGAUUAGUUGAAGAAUUUGGUAUUGAUAAAGUACUUAAAUUAAAUCUUGAGUCUGUCAUGCAAGUUUCUGUAUCUUACUUGAAUAAUAAUAAUGGAGAAGUACGUGAUUCAGCUGUAAAAUUAGUAGUUGAAGUUAUUAAACUUGUUGGUCGAGAAAAAGUUAAAGAUUUUAUUAUCGAUAUAAAACCUAUACUUUCGGAAAAUAUUUGGAAUUUGGUAAAUGAAUAUGAAGAAACUACAGGAAAAAUAGCAGGUCAAAUUCCUUCUCCUCCUCCAUCACCAAAAAUAAAACCUGAUAUAAAAGAUCUUGAAGUUAAUGAAGAAUUAAUAAGAACUCCUUUAGCUCAACGUGGAACUGUUACAAGAUUAGAACAACAAGUGAUGGAAUUAAAAUCAAUGUUUAAUACUACAAAUAGUUUUUUAAAAGAUGAUUAUAGUACUGUUAUCGCAGCAAAUGCAGCUAAAGUUAUUGAAGAACCUGAAGAAUUAACUGAACAAGAAUUAAAGGAAUUAGAAGAAUUAGAAGCAGAAGAGUUAUUACUUAAAAAUUCUAAUAAUGUUCCUGAUAGUUGUGUAUUACCUUCAAAAGUUGAAAAGACAUCUAAAAAGAGUUCUACGAGAAUUGGAUCAAAACCAACCCCUACCCCCGGAAAACAAAAUUCAAAGAAAUCAAAGACUGAUACUGUACCACCAAAAAAACAACCUUUAAAAGGUUCUCUUACUUCUAAACCUGUUUUAAAAGAUCGACGUGAUUCAGCUGAAGAAAUUAAAAGGAUUUCAAGGAAAGGUUCUAAACCUACUGAUACAACUUUAUGUGAAGAACCUGAUGAAUGUGAAGCAUCAAAAGAAAAUUUGGUGACUCAUUAUUGGACAGAAUGUCCAGUAUUGACAAAAUGUAGAUUAUGUAAUAUAAUCCUUGAAAUUUCUACACUCGAUGAUCACAUGUUAACCGAUUGUGAUAAAGCCAAAUUUGUUAAACAAUGUCCUACCUGUCGUGAAGUUGUUGAUGCUGAUGAUUAUUUAGCACAUGUUAACAAACAAACUUGUUUGGCUAUAAGAGAUGAUAUCGUUCGUUGCCCUCUUUGUAAAACAGUAAUUAAACCAGCAACCGAAGAAGGUUGGAAAUCACAUUUAUUAAAUACUAAUGGAUGUCCAAAGAAUCGUAGAAAGUCGAACGUUAGACCCAAUACUUCUACGGCAGAAAGUUCUACUUCUGGUGGUAAGAAACAUGCAUCGAAAAAGACCACUGAAAUUGGUUCAAAAUCAUCUUUGGUUUCUAAAACUCUUAGCAAAAGUAAAGUUACAACAUCAAAUGGUGCUUGUCCUAUUUGUAAAAGUCGAAAAUGGCAUAGUGACGGGUUAGGAGGGUUGGUUUGUCAAUUUGGACAUCAAAGAGAGGGAUUUCAAGAGCAAGAGAAUGAGAUAGAACCUACCCCAGUUACAGGAAAAAGGCGACGUUCUCGCACUGGAAAGGCAACAAAUGAACAUUAUGCAUAUCAAAACCGUACCGAGUAUACUCGAGUACUUUUAAGUGUUAUUCAAUGGGUACUAAGAAGACAAUUACAUGUUCUAAUACAUGAGAUGGGUUUUGUACCACAAAUCGAGCAAGUAGUUCAACAUCUAUGGAUUCUCUAUGUUAAUAAAAUAUCUGAAAUGGAUCUUGAUCCAACGAGUACUAAUCAUGACGUUUCUGAGGGAUACUCAUCAACAUUUCAAGACGAUAAUGAAGAUUCUUUGGAAUUCUUGAUCGAUGUUCCACAAGAUUCUGAUUCUGACAGUGAAAAUGACGAUCAACAAAGGAGUGGUGCUAAUGAAUUUUAUGACUUCAAAUCUACAGCCAAAACCUUUGCAAACCAUCAUGCUUUACCAUGUCGUAUAUCAAGCAUGAGAUUAAGCUACGUGUUAGCUAUAAUAUAUCUUGGAUGUGUUUGGUUAAGAAUUCCUAUAAUAAAUGGUGACAUUAUCCGUUGGGCUUCUACUGGUCGUUUAUCAUAUCUGAUAAUUCGUCAAGAAUUACCUAAUGAUAUGAAAUUACACCUGGGUUCUCACUUUGUUAAAAAAUUUUUUGAAAAAGAGCGAAUACAAUCAUAUAAUCACUUAAUCAAUUUAGAAACAGAUUUUAUCGCAUUUUAUAAAAAUUUUUAUGGAAUAACUUUUCCCGAGAUUAAUGCACCACCUAUACUUUAUCGAUUUAUUAGAGAUUUUAUGUUACCAGUCGAGUCAUAUGUUAUCUCCAAAGAAUUGGCGCAAUUAAUCAAUUUGAAACUUGAAUUAAAUCGAAAUUUAGAACCUUAUAUUGCAUUAUUAGCUGUAAUAAUCGUGGUAAUUAAAAUGAUAUAUGGAUUGGAUGGACGGACAAGGGUACCGAGUGAUAAAGAUGAAUUAUUUCAAUACUUUCCUAAAUUUGAAGAUUGGAUAAAAAAAUUGAGUGAAAGACAAGAAAAAAAUUUUUCAAAAGAAAUUCCUUCAGACUUUAGUGAUUUGAAAGAAUGGAUCGAUAGCAAUCCAGAUAAAUAUAUAAAGUAUUGUUCUGAUACAUUGAUUGGAAGAGAACGAUGGCCACAAAAAUCUGAGAAUACUCAUAGUUAUAUCCACAGGUACCGAGAGAAAAAGAUUGAAGAAAUGGAACGAUUAUCUAAGCCAUUUCACGAGCUUUCUGAGAUGGUCGUACCAGUAAUUGAAGAUCAAGUACGCGAAAAUAAAUUAAAAAUUCUUGAAAAAGCAACUUAUCCUACUCUACAAACUUUUACAAUACAAGGGUUUUACAUGAUGCAAAAGGAGAAAAAACGUAAUGAAAAAAUUAUAGAAAAUUUCAAAAAUGGGAUCGAUGAUUUUAUUGAACCCAUUGAAGAGGAAAUACAAGAGUUGAAUUUUUGUGUUGAAGUUCCGGACAAACAAAAAUCUUCAAAAAUUCAUUCAUUUUCAGAAGAUCCUUUGAAGGAUUUACGUAAUAGAUAUUCGACAUUUUUAUUUAGGAAAUAUCGUGAUAACGAUGGGCCGAAUCUUACAUUUGGAGAAGAAUAUACCGCGUAUCUUCAAAAUCGAUCAGAAUCAACUUUAUUUAAAAAAAGUGUAGAGUUAGUUGGUGAUUUUCAUGAAGAUUAUGAAAGGAUAUUAGUUUUUGCAUCGAAGAUGGUUAAUACUACAAUGUACGUUGUACAAGAAGCAGUGAUGAAAAUUGAAGUUGAUUUAUAUAGAAUUAUCGAAAGCGAAAAUUUAUAA